AACGUUGUGCUGGAGACGGCCCUCUCGCCGUGCUACUCAGGGCCUGGAACUGCGUAGAGAGGAGAAGCUUCCAGACCUGGAGGGGCGCAGACUCCAUCCGGAGACGCUGCAUAAACCUCCGCAGUGCUCCGUGUAUGUAUAUGGAAGUAUACCGAAGCUGACACCGCAACCCUUGCUCAGAAUUAAUCCGCCCCGAGUACCUUGCUCGUGCAGGGACGAGACCUUCUUCCGUCUGCCCCCGUUGCCAAGUUCAUCGAUCUUAAAUUGAUCCUGCUGAUUCCGCAUGAUUCCUCCCUUUCAUCACAUUGACUUAAUUCCUUCAGCCGAGUGGGAGCAUGUCAAGUGCCGCCUUCGCCCGGGAGAUUGCAUGACCGAUCCCUCGUACCUGAGCUGCGUUGCCCUGCAUGGAUUCAAGAUGGUUGCGAAGCUGUUUGAUCGUGGGAAGCAGGGCUGGGUCCGUGUCGAUCUAAUUAACGUACAUGUUAGCAAUGUCACCAUCAUACGGGCAGCCGGCAUUCCAGGACAUACUUCACUAAAGAGACUCUCCUCAUUCUUCACCUCGAGCCUGAACUCUGCGCUGACUGCUCCCUCCACGCUCGAUUCGUCAAGUUGCUUUAGAACGGGGUGAACCUAAAAGGUCAAUAUAUCAGCCAGCGCAUUUGUAGACAGCAGGCAACAUUUAGGCGCACGCACAUUCUUAUUCAACCUCUUCCUCUCAGCCUCUGCUGCUUUAGCAUUGCGUUCUAGCUCCUCCAGCUUCAGCUUAUCCUUUGCCAACUCGGCUUCUUCCCGCUUAAUCUCAGCCUGUAGCAGCCGAAUAGAACUCGUAGCUGCCGCCAAUUGGCUCUCUAGCGCUCUCUACAUCGUCCCAGCCAAGUCAGCUUUCAUCAGGUGCUCAUCAAUGACCCCAAACGCUCGUCAAUUAUAACAUACACUCUCCCCCAG